AUGUCUCUUCAACCAACGUCGACUGAGGUUGGUACCAUGUACGACCAAUAUACCAGCCACUUCACAGCUGUGCUGGGAGGAUAUAUCCAUGCUGGUUAUUGGGAUGACCCUGGAAGACAGGACACAAUAGAGGUAGCAACUGAGCGGUUGACUCGUGAAAUCGGCGAGCGACUCUCCUCUGCCCGAGGUCAGCGCAUUCUCGACGUCGGUUGCGGCACUGGUAAAUCGGCGGUACAAAUCGCCACAGCCCACGAUGUUCACAUUACCGGCAUAACUGUCAGCAACCACCAAAUUGAACUUGCUCAAUCUCAGUACAAAAGCAACACGAAAGCUGGACAAGUCCAUUUCCAGUUCGCCAAUGCCAUGGACCUCCCGUUUGCCGAUGCCUCCUUUGACGGCGCUUACGCCAUCGAGUCUCUGGUGCAUAUGGACGAUAGACGCGCUGCCCUUGCGAAUAUCGCAAGGGUGCUUCGUCCUGGUGGCCGACUAGCUAUUGCAGACCUAUUUCUCGAUGCUGGCUGCCCCAAUCCCGAGGUGAUAGCGCGCUUCCGCGAAUUCUUUCAGGUCCCACCCAUGCCCUCCGGCGGUGACCUCAAAGAUUUCCUGCACGAGACGGGCUUCAAGGUCAUUGAAUUCACCGACAUUCGAGAUAACAUCCGGCCUAUCUACAAAUUCCCUGGGCUCUCCCUCGAGGGUGAAGUUGGCGAAAAGAUUCUUGAAAUUGCGCAAAGUGCCAACUCUGCCAUUGAAGACGCUGCCCUUCUGAGCAGUCUUUUGUAUAAAUGUGUAGCAGGAAAGGCGAAGUCUUUUCAGCCGACAGAUUAUGAUAUUGACCGAGCUCUCCACAAGUGCAAAAGCAUGCCUAUUUCGCGCGUCACAAGGAGCUACAAAGCCGGAAAGUAUUUGGCGGGCUUUACCACCGGAGAUGGACUAUUAAAGCGAGCGCUGGAGACAGUGUUCCACCGCUGGUCUUCCGAAGGGUGGGCCGACUAUCUAUCCAUCUGCGGCGCCGUGAUCGGAUGGACACGCAGUACUUCACUCAUGAACCACAACGACUUGGUUGCCGAGGGCAUCGAGCGGCAUAGCGUGAGGACCUUCUCCACGGAGGAAAUGGCGCACGGAUUGCUCGGUCUCAUGGCCGGAUCCAUGCUGGAGUUUUGCCACGAUGAGCCGUUUAUGCGGAUCUGGGCGGGGGGACGUCCGAAAUCCCUCGCAUUGGAGUCGUGCUUGGAGGCCGAUGGCGCCGGCAUCCCCAUCGCAGAGGGGUCCCCCUUGACGGCGAAGUGGAUGCCUCAUGUGUGGCUGGACUUCCCUCGCGAGCUGAGCCACCAGUCUGAGAUUGCCUCAUUCUCACCGCAAAUGGAUGGCAUGGUGGAUCUCGACCGGGUGGUGGUGGUGACGGGAUUUGGUGAAGUCGGGCCCUGGGGCAGUUCGAGGGCCAGAUGGGAGAUGGAGGCCUACGGCGGGCUUUCGCACCAGGGAUGCAUUGAGAUGGCCUGGAUGAUGGGUUUGGUUCGAUACACAGAACAGACAACCGGCGAUGGGCAGUCGUUCUCAGGCUGGGUGGACGCGCGAACCGGCGAAUUAGUGGCCGACGUCGCGAUCAAAGAAGUCUACGAAGAGCGGAUUCUGGCCCAGUCCGGCAUCCGUCUGAUCGAGCCGGAGACCCGGCGCUGCGAGGUCCUGACUAUGACCCGCCUCGCCCUCGAUCUUGGUCUGCCCAUUUGCGGCAUCAUUGCCUUCGCGGGCACCGCCAGCGACAAAGCGGGUCGGUCCGUGCCGGCUCCCGGCCAGGGGAUGCUGGUGCACGCGCGGCAAAUCCCCGGCUCCAUGCCCUCUCCUCUGCUCAGCCUGGACAACCGAAGGAAGCGGCCUCUGUUUCGCAAACGCCAGAUUGCCGAGUCGUAUCGAGAGGAGCGGGACGCGACCUUUGCGCUGGGAAACGCCUUCUGGAACAACGAUCCGCAUGUGGCUCCCCUGCGUGGAUCCUUGGCCACCUGGGGCCUCUCCAUCGAUGACCUGGAUGUAGCCUCCUUCACGGCACUUCGACCGUCGAUCGCGACGAAGGCCCAUCUUGGGGUUCUACCAGAAGAGUCUAACAGGACACCCCCUGGGGCGGCCGGCGGGUGGAUGGUCAACGGGGCCUUGCAGAUGCUGGACACGGGGCUGGUGUUAGGGAAUCUCAACCCGGAUAACAUCGAUCCGCAGAUGCAAGAGGCUGAUCUGAUAGCCUUCCUGAACCAACCGAUCCAGACCACCGGACUCAAGGCGGUUUCGGUGAGUUCGUUUGGCUUCGGACAGAAGAACGCCCAGGCGCUGUGCGUGCAUCCACGGUAUCUGUUUGCUACGAUCUCGCAGGAGGCGUACGGGUUGUAUCUCGCGAAACGAAGGGUCCGCCAAAAGCAGGCUGAUCGUUAUUACUAUCGGGGGUUUUUGUAUAAUUCGCUGCUGGAGACCAAAGACAAGCCCCCUUACCGGGGAGAGCAGGAGAGGAACUUUCUGCUUGAUCCAUUGGCCCGAUGUGUUUGA